AUGCUUUCGCGCCUGACUCGUCCUGCAGCCAACGCAGCCGCACGCCUUGCGAAGAGUGUGCGCAAGGUCAGCACCACCCAGAUUGGAGGCUACGAAGUCUUCGACCAUUCCUAUGACGCUGUGGUCAUUGGCGCUGGUGGUGCAGGUCUUCGUGCUGCUGCUGGGCUCGUGGGCCAUGGCUUGAAGACAGCUUGCAUUACCAAGGUUUUCCCAACACGCUCCCACACUGUUGCUGCUCAAGGCGGCAUCAAUGGCGCGUUGGCCAACAUGACAGAGGAUGACUGGCGUUGGCAUGCCUAUGACACUGUGAAGGGAGCUGAUUGGUUGGGAGAUCAGGAUGCGAUUCAGCACAUGUGCCGUUUGGCGCCGGAGGUGAUUUUGGAGCUCGAGUCCUUCGGCUUGCCAUUCAGCCGCACGCCCGAGGGGAAGAUUUAUCAGUGA